AUGGCACGAAGGUGCAAUACAAAAAAGUCAUGCCAAAAUUCCGUUGAGUUGAAAGAUAUCAAAUGUAAAUUUGGUGCAUUAUUAUCCUUAUCAAAAUUUUUCAGUCAUGUUUUGCAUUCUCCGAAUGAUGAAAACAAUGACGAACAACAACAGAAAUGGCAUUUAGUGAUAAAGAAUGAAGAAAUUCUACUCAACUUACUAACAACAACAAAAAAUAGAUUAGAUCUGCAAUUUGUUAUACCGUUGAGUCAAUUGCAUCGAGAAAUAUUGAUUAGUGAAUCCGAUGAUUCUAAAAAUAUUAUUCUUAGUUGUCAUGUGUCAAUCGAAGUACGAAAUCAUCCCAAAAAUGACUGUGGAAGACUUUUUGGCGAUAAUGACUUAAGCUGUCGAUUGGGACGAUGUAAUGAUCUUCUGAUUACAUUUGGAAAUAAAAAUGAUGCUGACAAAUUUUUAAAUUAUUUAAAAUCUGCAUUGAAGGAAUGUUCCUUCUGUUCAUCAGAAGUUUUAGUUGAACCGGCAAAUCAUUUACAUGAACGUGAAACAAGACAAACACCAUUUUCUAUUGCUAAUUCAAUAAACCACUAUCUUUAUCCAUAUAAAUCAUACAAAUCAUUAUAUUCUAUGUACAUGUUAAAUUCAUUAGGUUACGUAUUCGAAGAUAAAUAUCGUACAAUAAAAGAAUUACGUCGAACAAUGAAACAUUUAGCUGAACAAUGUGAUAAAACAUUUUAUGAAUUGGCUGUUAUUGCUUAUAAAUGUUUAAAAAACAAUCAUUGUCUGGAUUUAACUGAAAUAUUUGAUGAAAAUAAAUUUCAAGAGAUGAAACAACGAGAGCGAACAACUGAAGGCUAUAAGGUAGCACGAGUCAUCGUUACACCAAUGCGUAUUAUAGUCGAGCCAAUGGAAACAGUCAUCGGACAUCGCCUCUUACGUCGCGAAGAUUUAGGUGAUAAAGAAAAAUUUUUACUUGUUUAUUUUAAAGACGAAUACGGAAAAUAUUUAAGUGACAGUUCAAAUUUAUUAUCAUAUUACGAAAAUAGUAUAUUGAAAAGAGGUAUUGAUUUAUGUCAGAAAAAAUAUUUUUUAUUUGGAGCAAAUAAUAGUCAAAUCAAAGAAAAAUCCUAUUGGUUUUAUCAAUGUGAAUCCAACGAAAAAAUAAUAGCAAUACAACAACAAUUAGGUCACUUUGAGAAAAUAAAGAAUUUAGCAACAUAUAUUUCAAGAGUUGGACAAUGGUUUACGAAAACAAAACCAACAGGAAAAUUACAAAAAAUAGCUGGCAAUAGUUUGUGCGAAGUUCAGGACGAGAAAUAA